AUGCUACUUAUAGUUUCUCAAGAUGAGCUAUGGGCAAAACUUUGGCCCUAGACGAGACUUGAACCCGUACUAAUGCUUCUGGGCAUUGUGCUCUGCAUCGCUAACCCUAACGGGACCUCCUGCUUUUCCUAGUGCCUUCAUCAUUUCUCAAGUAAGCCUUAAAUCAAGUAUUAGGCCUGGGAUAGCUUAGCUAUAUAGUAUACUGAACUGGGACUAACAUUUAGGUAGUUCUCAAGGAUUCAUCGAUAUACCAUCACCGGGGGUAUUUAUUCUUCGUUAAGGAACUCUCAUGAACAGUUCUGUCCAUAGGGUGGUGGUGACCACUAUUCCGUUUCACAUUAAAGCCACUACCACCUUGGUAGCUGCUUUUGUCCCACAACCAUUACAAAAUCGCCUCACGUGGCCGGAUUAACCAUAACCAAGUGGACACUGAGGCUUUUUUAGUCCACAACGACUCUGAGCAACCUUUUUUCUGCUGCUCCUCAACUGGAUUGCUAGCUUUUGAUGACUUGAUGAAUCACAAACCAUGUUCGCAAACUCACCACAUAUGUAUGUAAAGGUUAGCAGGGAGGAGACAGAUAUUAUUUAUAUGAAUUGACUCAGCAGAACGUACAGGGAUGUCAUACCCUGAUUCUGUCUUCAUCUUAAAGCCUGUUCUCGGUGACUUUCCAGUAACGAUUCAUCUUUUAUUCGUCACCCAGAUUUGGCAACGUGUUAACUCCACCUUUCAAAGAGACAGAGACGCAGAAAAUGGCGCAGUUUCUGUUUCUUUGUAUCUGCUUCAUUCUUUCUAGUAUAUCGAAUACGAAAAAUUCAAAUGUUACCGUAUUCCUGCUUUCAUGUAAAUGUUUUCUAAAGCGGGUAUUACUGAAAGGACGAUGUGAGCAACCUUUUUUCUGCUGCUCCUCAACUGGAUUGCUAGCUUUUGAUGGCUUGAUGAAUCACAGGCCAUGUUCGCAAACUUACCACAUAUGUAUGUAA